AUGGCCGCAUGGAGCUCCGCACCGCGGGAAAGCCUGCGGGAGGAAUCGCGCUGCCGGGAGGCAUCCGGAGUGCUCGGGGAUGCUCGGAGCCCGUCCCCGGGACGCUGGGAGCCUGUCCCUCCCGGGAUGCUAGGAGCCCGUCCCCGGGAUGCUGAGAGCCUGUCCACGGGAUGCUGGGAGCCUGUCCCCGGGAUGCUGAGAGCCUGUUCCCCGAUGCUGGGAUCCCGUCCCUGGGACGCUGGGAGCCCGUCCCGAGAUGCUGGGAACCCGUCCCGGGAUGCUGGGAACCUGUCCCGGGAUGCUGGGAGCCUGACCCCGGUUGCUGGGAGCCUGACCCGGGAUGCUGGGAGCCUGUCCCUGGGACGCUGGGAGCCUGUCCCGGGGAUGCUGGGAGCCUGUCCCCGGGACGCUGGGAGCCCGUCCCCCGGGAUGCUGGGAGCCUGUUCCCCGAUGCUGGGAUCCCGUCCCUGGGACGCUGGGAGCCCGUCCCGAGAUGCUGGGAACCCGUCCCGGGAUGCUGGGAGCCUGUCCCGGGGAUGCUGGGAGCCAGUCCCCGGGACGCUGGGAGCCAGUCCCUGGGACUCUGGGAGCCUGUCCCCGGGACUCUGGGAGCCUGUCCCCGGGACGCUGGGAGCCUGCCCCCGGGAUGCUGGGAGCCUGCCCCCGGGAUGCUGGGAGCCUGUCCCCGGGAUGCUGGGAGCCUGCCCCCGGGAUGCUGGGAGCCUGCCCCCGGGAUGCUGGGAGCCUGUCCCCGGGAUGCUCGGAGCCUGUCCCGGGGUGCUCGGAGCCUGUCCCCGGACCCAGGAGCCUCCCGAGGCCCCGCGAGGUGCGCCUCCCCCGGGACGCGCGCGGCCGCCGGGCAAAGCUCACAGCUCCCUCCCCCCGGGAGGAACUCACUAUUUCGGGGCGCUGCACCCCAGCUGGCCCGAAGGAAGCCGCCCCUUGCGACCCACCUACCAGGGUGCUAAACCCCCACACCAGGAAGGCAGGAACAGGAAGUUGCCUCCCUCCUUCCCCUUGGCGGGGUCUCUCUAG